UCAAUCUUUUGUCAUCUCCCUUUGCCAUUGUCAACCUUAAACAUAAACAUGGCAACCCUAAUCUUUUCCCGGUGCGCAAGGAUUACAAAUCGUGAUAAACCAUGGCUGAUGUCGAUGUUGAGGUACCGAAUAACCCCGUACUUAGCGGAGGUGCAAUGGAUGUGAACACAGCUCUCCAAGAAGUUCUGAAGACUGCACUCAUCCAUGGUGGACUUGUACAUGGACUUCACGAAGCUGCAAAGGCUCUAGACAAGAGACAGGCAGUACUUUGUGUAUUAGCUGAGAACUGUGAUGAGGCUGCAUACAAGAAAUUAGUGCAGGCCCUUUGUAAUGAACAUCAAAUCCCCCUGGUCAAGGUUGAUAACAACAAGAAACUUGGUGAAUGGGCAGGUUUAUGUAAAAUUGACAAGGAUGGCAAGGCCAGAAAGAUUGUUGGAUGUUCAUGUGUUGUUAUCAAAGACUUUGGUGAGGAGACUCCAGCGCUGGACGUGCUGAAAGACUACUUGAAGUCUUCAAGCUAAACUUUAGGUGUAAUGUCUACAUAAAAUAAUAAAAGCCCAAAAAAAUUA